AUGGCGGCCAUUAGGCUCAACCGGCCUCUGGCUGCGGCUGGCAAGGAUGACAGAAUGUCACUUGAGACUUCGCUACGUGCCACUGCACUAUUGCAGAAGGUCGUACCGAUACUGGAGACUGCGCAGGUGCUGCACCACAAGCGGCCAGUGGCAUCGGUUGGGCGUCUGAGUUGCGAUGUCGGCGCUGAAAAAUUGAGUAAUGAUAAAAGCGGUGCACCAGCUCAGGGCAAAGCUAAAGCGAUUGAAAGGCUCCAUAACAUCCGUGAACAGGAGUGGCGCGUGCUCCGACCCGGCAUGGAGCGUGAAACUAGGCACCUGCGUUGGCGCAAGUGA